GUUUUGGUGAUGAAAUAAAAGGAAGAAAGAACCACCGCCGAUCUCGGUAGGUGAAUGCGGGUAAAUGCGGUGAUGCAUUGCGGCCACAAACUCGCGUAGCAGUCUGCAGUUCGAGUCCUGCAUGGGCAUUUUUCGGGUGAGCAUUUCUCUCUUUUGGGGCCUUCUGUGGGAGUUUCGUCUCGCUUUGGGUGGUGCCGCUGCUGGCGUCGUCGCCACAGUCAUUUGUGUUCUAGCCACUGCUCUGCUUGUGCUGGAGUUACUGGAUGUGCUAGAACUGCUGCAGUUGCUGGAGCUGCUGCAGUUGCUUUGCUGUGGCGAGGCGUCUCACAGCCCAGUUCGUGGCCUGUUUGCUCUUCCUCGUCUACUGCCAUCAUUCGCAAUUCCACCUAGUUCUGUCCAUCUUUUCAACCAACUCUGCAAUACAUGCUAUUAGAUACAAGAUUUUGCUUAUAAAGUUCUUC